AUGGAUGAAAACAUUAUUACAGAUAUUAAAAAAAAAAAAAAAAAAAAAAAAUAUAUUGAUAAUGAUAUAGAUAAGAAAAAAUUAUAUUACAUUAGUUUUAUUUGUGAAGAAGAUGAUAUAAAUUUUUUUUGUAAUUUUGCUGAGAAAUAUGAACAAGAUGUUUUAGGAAUAGAACCCAUUGCCAAUUUAAAAAAUAAUAAUAGCUCUAGUGGUGUAAUAAAUUUAAACAUCGAUAAAAAAGACAGUACAUUUACAUUUGAUAUUCUGAAUAAAAUUUAUUUACAAAAAUCAUACUUAGAUAAUCUUAUAGAAAAUGAGGAUAUUAAAAAGGAUACAAAUUCUCAAUCUUUUUGCUCUUACAUAUAUAGUAAAUUUUUUUUGCAAUAUUGUAAAAUUUUAUAUAAUUGUCAUUAUAAAAGUAAAGAAAAUUAUAAUUUUAAAAAUAAGUUGGGAAUGGAAGUAUAUUUUUUUACUAGAAUUAACAAAAAGCGAAUAAAGUUUAGAACUAAGAAAAAAAAAAAAACACAAAAAUGUAGAAUCGAUAAUUGUUAUGAUAAAAAUAAAUGCCUAUGCUGUCUGGAAAUCGGAAACAAAAAUGCAAAUGAUAAAUAUCAAAAUUAUGAACCGGCUAAUUAUAAUGAAAAUAAAUUAAACAAAAUAAAUAACAAUUUUAUAUUGUCUCCUUAUAUUGCAUAUACACCAUUAGAGCAUUCUGUACUCGAAUAUUAUAUGCCAAACAAGAAAACAUAUAAUAUUAAUUUUUUAAAACAAAAUGAAUUAAAUAUUGAAAAAAGUCAAAAUACAAAUAUUUAUGGAGAUUUUAAUAUAUGUGAUAUUUUGUUAAAUAGUGAAGAAAACUGUGAUGUCAAAGAGAAAAAAAAAAAUUGUGAAAUUGGCAAAUCUUUGAAAAAGCAAAGAAGCUUUUAUGCAGUAAAAAGGGACGAACAAAUUCCCUUAAAAAAGACUAUAGAUGGCAAUAAAAUAAUAAAAAAUAAAAUUCGAAAAACAAACAAAGCAGCAAAAACAAACGAUACAAUGAGCAAACCAUGUGAUUCUUCUUUCUUCUUCGGUCAAUAUACAUCGAGUGAUGAAAGUUACGUUUCUUUUUCAAAUUUUUUACCCAAUAAUAAUAAUUUUGUGAAAAAUAAAAACAAAUUCAAGGAUACAAAUAUGAAAGAUAAUUGCUUGUUGGAUGAAAAUGACGGGAUGCUCAUUUUUUCUCAUAUAAUAGACUUAUGCAAGCAAAAUAAAAUAUUUUCUUUUAAAAAAAAUAAAUGUCCAGAAAAUUGGAAAAAUGAACAUAGAAAAAAAAAACAAAAAUCAAAAAAAAAAAAUUUGGAAAAUGCAAAUUCUUGUAAAUUUUAUGAAAUUCCUUCUGAAAAAAUUAGUGAGAAACUAUACAAAAAAAAAAUCCCCUCUUCUCAAUAUGAAGACAAUUUAUAUGGGCUUACAAAAAAUAUAGACAAAACCAUAAAAAAAAAUGAAUUUGAAGAUAAAAACCCCAAUUUAUUAUCACAUUAUCAUAAAAAAAGGAGUUUCAGUACAUACUCUUUAGAUAAUUAUAAAGAAAAUGGAAUAUUAUCCCCAAAAAAUAAAAUGUAUAAAAAUUUGGUCUAUAAAAAUAACAUUGAAUUAAAUAUACAACGGAAUAUUAUGAACAAGAAAAAUAUAAAAAUAUAUAAAGACCUAAAAUUAGAAAGAGAAAAAAAAAAUACAAAAAUGCAAAUAAAAGAAAAUCAGGAAAUGAAUAUGCAUUAUUAUGAACAUUUUUUGAAAAUGAAACAAAAAAAUGAACAAAAUUUGCUUAAAAAUCAAAUUUUAAAAGGAUUAAAAAAUCAAACUAAAUAUGAUCCAUCUCAUUUAGAAGAAAUUACCAGCAAAAAAUUAAUUCAUAUGAAAAGUGUAGAAUUAAAUGGAAAGGAAUAUGUUCCUAAUUUAGAUUUAUACAAACGUGACAAAAUAAAACAAAGUCAAUGCAACUUAAAUAGUGUAGACACCAUGUGUGAUCAAGCAAAACGCUAUGUUGUUAUUUCAUUAAAAUUGUCUACUAUUCUUUCUCAUAAAUUUUGUUCUUUAUAUAUAUGCGAAAAAUAUGAAUCAAUAAUAGAGCAUUAUAAAUAUCAUUACAUAUAUAUAGAUUUUUAUUUAACCUAUAUAUAUUUAAAAGCAUUGAUAAAAUUAAAUAAAUAUAAUGAUUGCUUAAAAUGUAUUUUUGGAAUUAAUCGUCAACAACUGGAUCCAUUAAAUAAAUGUAUUCUUUAUUUUUUUUUGGGUACAUGUUAUGAAAAGUUAUAUAAAUAUAAGUUAAGUACAUCAGAAUAUUCAAAGGUAGUUAUUCAUGGAGUUAGUAUAAAUAAAAAUAAACAUAAUAUGCCUCCAAAAAUUUUAAUAGAAGAAAAAAAGGAGUAUAAAAAUUAUAGUUUUGAAAUUUAUCCAUUCUUACUUAUUUGUCUAGAUAAGUUAAUAGGUACUUAUCAAUUAAAUACUUACGAAGAAAAUAGUUUGUUAAAAUAUUUUAAAAACAAUUAUAUUAUUUACAAUCUUAUAAAUUUUUAUACAACCAAAAUAAAAAAUAAAAUUAACAUAAAAUAUGACGAAAUUAAUAAUUGCAUGAAUGCAAAAAAUGAAAUUAAUUUUAAUGAAUAUAUUAUGCCUUAUGGAGAUAUGCCUACAAAAAUGAGACAUAUAAAUAUGAGAAACCCAAACCCAUGCAAUUUUAAAAAUACAUAUCGAAUUAAUAUGGUGCCAAACCGAGCAAGCAACCAAGAAAAUAAAAGUAUCGGUAACGGUAAUAAUAUAGGAGAUAAAAAUUAUUUUCACUUUUUUAAUAUGAAAAAUGUUACAAAUAACAGGACACAUACUAAUAGUAGCACUCAUAGCUGUGUGCGAGAAAAAAGAAACUAUUGGGAAAAAAAUAGUGAUAUUACACAUAAUUACAACGAACAUACGUGGGAAGAAAAAAAGAAACAAAAGAACAAAUUUCCACAUAAUAAUAACAUUUUCGAUGUUUCGUAUGAACAAGCCAGAACAAUUAAGCAAAAAAAAAAAAAAAAAAACAAUGAGCUAGCUAAAAAUAUAUAUGUUAAUUUGAGCAACAUUUCAUAUGUUGCUAAAAACGACAGUGAUUAUUUUAAUUAUAAAGAAAUAAUAGAUAAUAACGAAUAUAGUUGUUUAUAUGGUGAAAAUAAUACAAGAAAAAAUAUUAUAAAAAAACUUAUUUUAGUUUUCGAUAAAAUUAUAUCAAAAAAUUACACACACCAUCAUUUGGACAUAAAUUAUGAUGAUCUGUUUUUUUAUAUCCUACAUGGAUUUUUUCAAAUAUAUUGUAAAAAUAUAUUAAACUUACUUGAAAAUUUUGCACACACAAAUUUUUUAAAUCAAAAUAUUUAUAAUUUUAUAAGAAAGUUAGGCCUACAACUUAAAUUAGUUAAUGUGUACAUUGAAAAUCCAUAUGCAAUAAAAAAAGAUAAAAUGAUUGAUCAUACUGAUAUAUUUUAUAAAAAUCAGAAUAAAUAUAAUUUAUAUAAAUGUAGAAAUGCUUUACAUAUAGAUACAAUAACAUUGGAAGAAUUCAUAUGCAUAAAUACGUUUUGUUUGAAAAAACAUGAUUUUGUUAACUCAUAUUAUAUUAGUAAAUAUAUAUUAAAAAAAGAAAAGGCAUAUGAUAAUGAGGAGGUUAUUAUAUUAUAUAUAACUUCUCUUAUAAAUAUACCAGACAUAAUUAUAAGUAAGAAAAAUAAAAUAAAAGAAUUAUUACUUUUAUUUCAUGAGAAAAUUAAUUAUAUUAAAAAAACAAAUAAAUUAUAUUAUUUUAAGCCAUCCAAUUAUAUAUAUAUAUGUGAUUACUUAGACUAUUUUAUAUAUGGAAUAAUUUAUUUUUUAAAAAACGAUUUUAGAAGAUCUUCUAAAUAUUUUAAUAAAUGUAUAAGCAUAAAAAAAAAAUUUUAUUUAUGCUAUGUUUAUUUGCUUAAAAUAGCUUUAACAAAUAAUACAUUAAUUGGACAGGAUAAAAAGUUAAUUUUUUUUACAUGUUUUAAAUUAAGAGCUUAUAAUGUUCAACCUUAUUUAAUAUAUUUUGCUCAUACUAUAAAAAAAAUACACCAAGAUAUAAAUAAUAAUAAAAAUAUAAGUAUUGGUAAUGAUAAGAAUAAUGAAAUAAAAUUGCAUUUCGCUACUCGUCAUUUGGAAGAAAAUUUUUCUAAAGCAAUAAAUUUAGACAAUGAUAAUAUUUUUUUAUAUAAUGAAUUAUUUGUUUAUUCUUUUUUAAAAAAUGAUUUUUCUCAAUGUGAAACUAUUAUGAAUAAAUAUUUUCAUCCUGAAAAUUUGUAUUAUAAAUCAUCAAAAAUUAUAUUUUCGGCAUCUUUUAUUUUAUAUAAUUCGAGUAUUUACAAUUAUAUAUGUGCAAAAAAAAUGACUAUAUCAGAAAAAUACUUAAUAAAAAUCUUAAAUGCCAAUCCAUUUGAUAUCAAAUCAUUAAAUUUGCUAACACAUAUUUUGUUUACAAAAAAAGACAUGUAUUGGAUAUAUUUUUUUGAUUAUUCAAUGUAUUUAGAAAAUAUUUUAUAUUCAAAAAAAAUAAUUUCUUAUAAAUCAUAUAUGUGUGAUGCAUUUUUUAACAAGCUUAAACAAAUGCAAGAUAUUCAUUGUUUCAUAGCUUACUAUAAAAUAUUAAAAAACAUUAAGCAAUUUUAUAAAAUUUUUAAAAAUUAUAUUAAAACACGAUCCUUUAUGCACAUCCCCAAUUUUAAUAGCAACUAA